AGCAUCUUGGAUUGCACACCAACAGUCUGCCACUAAACGUCGAGUUAUCAACACCAUAGCUUGAAAGACUGCUGAUUGAAGUGAAAAAUCCCAAGAAAUAAAAUGAAACUGCAAGUGUUUUGUGUGCUAGUCUUUGUGGCUGUGGCUGCUGCUAAAUUCGAAGUUCGUGGUCCUGCGGAUGCCCUUAAAGCCCAUGAGGAAUGUCGCGAAGAAUUUAAUAUUCCCGAUGAAAUUUAUGAACAAUAUCUAGACUAUACCUUCCCCGAGCACAAGCGCACCAAAUGCUAUGUCAAAUGUUGGGUAGAGAAAAUGGGUAUCUUUACCGAAAAGAAGGGUUAUGACGAAUUGGCCAUGGUGGCUCAAUUUACCCAUGAGAAUACCGGUUUCUUAGGCUCUGUACGUCAUGGCCUUGAAAAAUGCAUUGAUCACAAUGAAGCCGAAUCGGAUGUCUGCACUUUUGCCCAUCGCGUUUUCUCUUGCUGGCUGCCCCUCAAUCGUCAUGCUGUGCGUAAAAUCCUUGGUACUUCAAAGGAUAAUUAAUGACGGAAAUUUUUGGAAAUUUUGUGUUGCUGUGAAUUAUUUUAAAUAUCAUGUGAUGUGUUUAAAUUCGUUAUUAUGAUUUUGUUUUAGAAAUUUAGAAAAUAAAAAUUGAAAAUAGAAA